UUACCUUUUUAAUAUUUGUUUUACAAAAACAAUUGGAUAUAUUGUUGGUUUUGAGUGUUUGUGUAUAAGGUCCUUUUGCCUGAAAAUCCAAGUCACGUCACAGACACAGGCGAAUGAUGAACUGAAAGAAGAUGGCAGCAGUCGAAGAUACUCCGUCCGAUUGGCAGUCCGUCCCAGUGAGGCGCAAGAGUAGCAUUAAUGAUCCUCCUCUUAUGUGUAUUAUGGCGUUUGGAAGCUCUGGUGAUCAGCAGUUCUUUCUCACCGAGUCGAUCCUGCCGAAAGCAGUCUUUACUGGUGCAGAGCCUAACAAUAAAUUAACUUCGAAGACUUGUGGAAACGUGUGUGAAAGAAAUGUGACUCUGGUCAACACUCCAAAAUUGGACAAUCACGAAAUAUUACACUACAUGCUGAAAAAAGAGUUGAAGAAGGCGAUUUGUUUCUCGUGUCCGGGGCCGCACGCCGUUCUGUUCGUGCUGAAUGCGUCAGAGGUGCCACAGAAUGUAUUCGACAUUUUCAAACCGGUGGUGCAGUAUUUUGGAGAACACAUCCUGAACCAUUCGAUGAUCAUUUUGUACCAUGAAGAAAAGACGAGUUCGCCGUUAGAGGAAAUGGUGAAGAAGAAUAAACAAUUGAUGGAGCUUCUUAAAAAAUGCGGUCAUAGGUAUCUGGUCUUCGACGGGAAGAAGAACAGGAAAGAGGGCACUGGGACGAGGAAACUGUUCGAGGAAAUAGACAAGAUGGUGGAAAAGCAUGGGAUUUUUACCAACCGGGAGUUUGAAGAUGCUGAUAAGCGAAUCAGGAUAGAAGAGAAAAUGCUGCAAGAUAAGAGAAAGAGGGAGGUCAGGGUCAUGAGGGAGGAGCUGGAGCAGAAGUAUUCUGCAGAAAAGGAAGAUCUGGAAAAAGAAAUGAGAAUUUAUGAAGAAAAGAUCAGAUUAGAGAACAGGGAAAAGGCAGAGGUGCAGGUCGCAGAUAGACUCGGCGUCACUCUCAGACUCGUCGAUUACAUGGCAGCGGUAGGAAAAGGAGCGGUUGCAGGGGCAGUGAUAGCGAAGGUGUUAGGGUUUCCAGGUAUGGCCAUAGGAGCAGGGGUUGGCGCAGCGUUCGGUGGUUUAUUAGGUGGUGCAGCUGGAGCAGUUUGGAACAUUAUUAAUGAUGCUUGGGCAGAUUUUAGAAGAGACACAACUUAACAACGAAUAGGUACUUAAACUGUAGGCGUUCACACGUUGGCAAGUACAAUGGUCCUUAAACAUGCCGUCCUUUUCAUAAUCACGGUCCACAGCCAACACGUGGAUCAGGAUUUACAGAAAUUGAUGUUAAAACACAAAAUAGUUGUUUCCCACUGCGUUCUUGGUGUUUUGUAACCUCAAUACCUCGUAUAUGUUACACAAAUGAACUAUACACAAACCCUCCUGCAUGCAACCAGAAAUAAUUUAUAAUAAUAAUUUAACCUUUAUUCGUCCCACAGUGGGGAAAUUUCUAGUUUUUUCGCAUAUCCCAACUCAUCUGGAAGCUGGGGUCAGAGCGCAGGGUCAGCCAUGGUACGGCGCC